AACCCUGGAAUAAUGGUUGAUUAUCAUGACUAAUAAUUGGCUGAAAUGUCAGUGGCCUGGUUAGGUUAUUACUACAUGAGUCACUUAUAUAUUAAUUAAAAGACAGAGGGAGAGGACUUAUUUUGCCGACUGAUUUCAUAGGGUCCUUCUUAUAUAUCUCCCUUCGAUUCUAUUUUUAAUUCAAUAUUACAGUUGUACGUAUUAAUAGUCCUUUAUACGACUGAAGGUUUUUUUUAGUACUCAGUUUCAUUAGGACCCUGUAAUAUGAGUCAUUUCGGAUACCGGAUUGGUGAAUGUCUCGGUUGUGUUGCUGAUAUCCGGUAAAGUAGCACAUUUAAUAUUCGGAAUAUCUCGGUUAUUGCCGUAAACCCUACCUCUAUUGAUCCGAGUGAUCUGUCACCUUCCAGAAUACUAUGUGCCUCUCGUUUUUUGCUGACUUAUCGUCUAGACGAUUUUAAGCUGUAUACAUAUUACAGAUGAUUGCUGACGUCAGAUAAAUUUCUUUGGAGGUUCACGAAAGGUAUUUCUUAACAAGGAUGAUCAAUGAUCAUGAAGAGGUUCACAAAUGCAAUAAGAGCAAAGUAAUAGAGGCGAUAUUGAUUGGACACCCUCUGCACGUCCCUCACAUAGACUGCGUCCACCACCAGCUGACCACCCACUCACUGGUCUAUAAUUACUGCGGGAACAACAGUACAACCUCAUGGAAGAGGGGACAACGAGUUGAGGACUACUGUAACGCGCAUCCGCAUGUCACAGAUGAGUAUAAACCAAUCUCCACGUUUCAUGGACACGACUUCCACGGAGAUUCCGGAAUAACGGCAAUAUUUCUCAGCUGUGAGUCGAAUGGAAUUAAGAUUGCCACGGAACUCUGCAAUAAUCCUCCACUAAUAUAUUCCCUUGGAGAUCAUCCUCUAACAAACCAUCUUCCAGCUGCUCACGAUUUUUAUUUCAUUGCUUGGUAACAAUCCAAAGAAGAAAGAAAAAAAUGUGCUUUUAAAAAUGUUUU